AAGGAAAAUAACUGGGAAACGAUUUCUGGGCUGCCAAACAGACUCCAAAUAGCGCGAAAAUCAGAGUGACAGGAUCGCCGUUGCUCUCUUUAGUCGAGAGAAAAAUACUUUUGAGAGAGAGAUGGGAGGGAAAGGUCAGAGGCGAAGAGAGAAGAACUACAGAGCAGCACACGGGGGGCAUAGUCGUCUACCUCCGCCGCCUAAUCCCUCCUCCGUUGACGCUCUGCCCUCCAAACUCCGCCAGAUUAUGGCUUUUAAGAAUUUCCCCCAAACUGGAUCUGCAAAGGCAGUGGUGGAUACCGAGCGGAGGAAUAGACGAGAUGACGGUGGUGGCAGUUCUGUUAACAAGAAACAUCAUUCGGAGGAUGAAUUUGACUCUAAAACUACUAAAUUAAAAGGGGAAUGUAAUGGUGGAUGUUCAACACGACAGCGUGUGGGUCAUGGUGAUGAGAUUGUGGAAAAUAAUAGCACACAUGAAAAGAGAAAGAAAAAGAGAAAAAGAAAGCCAGUAAAUGACCUGCGGUUUGAAACAGCAGAGGAAUUAGGUGGUGGUGGUUCGAAAAGGCAGGAGCAUAAGAAAAAGCGUUUGGAAGCAAGGAAAAGGAAACACAAAGGCAGCGAGGCAGAAGAGAAUCUGGACUUCCCUGGUUGUGAAGAGAUCAAAUUUGGAGAUGUAGUCAAUGCUCCACCAAAGUUGGUCACAAUUCCCAAGGCAUUGAAGACAACCCAAGAUGCUUCACAUGAGAGGCUCCGUUUACAGGCUGUUGAGGCCUACAGGAACAGGAAAGGAUGGGCAUCAAGGCCGGGGAUACAACUCCCACGGCCCGUGAUUACAUUGCCAUCAUUAUAGUCAGUGUAAAGCGUGCUUCAUCAAAUUGUCAACGUCCUUUCUUCGUGCAUGUGGAGAUGGCUUUGUCAGUAGGGCGUGAUUAUAUUCGAGGGCUUUUGAGUGCCUCUGCAACCCGUAAUCAAUGGAACUUUUAUUUAUCUGUUUCAUUUCCGAGUACCAUGGAUUCUCUCAACUCCGGUCGCCUGGAAUACAUACGGUUGGGAUCAUUGUAUAAGCAGAAGCAAUAAACCCUCUGUAUUAUUCAUUUUGAAGUUUCAUGAUGAUUACCA